AUGAGUUACCCAUCAAUUUCUUCUCAAAACCCAUUUACAACAGUCAAAGUUCCAAAAUUCAAUGAGCCCCUACCACCAAAGUCUUUUCUCUCAAACUCCAAGUCCAUCUUUUGUUUCCACCAUCAAGGCCCCAAAAACACCAUUGACAUAUUCACUAAACCCAGUACCCGUUUGAGAAACCCAAUCACAGUGAGCCCAAGUCAAGUCUAUUACAAGAAAAGCCAGAAACAGAGUGGAUAUGAGGAGAGUAGAGGUUUUUCCCAAGUGGGUAGCCAACAUAUGUUGUUUUUAUGCGGGUUUGGGUAUUGGGUGCAGGGUUUUAGGUGUUUCCCAUGGCUGGCUGUCAACGUUCACAUGGCACACAGUCUUAACUUGCACCCUUCAACAUUGCAGCUGGUUCAGAAUGCUGGUAACUUCCCCAUGGUGGCUAAGCCUCUUUAUGGAUUAUUAUCUGAUGCUUUCUAUAUUGGUGGUGCUCAUAGAAUACCUUAUGUUUCCAUUGGAGUUCUUUUGCAGGUUCUGUCUUGGGGGCCACUGGCACUAAUCCCAUUUGCCGGUGAGUCUCUUCCAACCCUUGUGGCUUGUGUUCUUCUCAGUAAUUUUGGAGCAUCCAUUACAGAAGUCGCAAAAGAUGCUCUUGUUGCAGAGUAUGGCCAAAGACACAAAAUAAAUGGCCUUCAGUCAUAUGUAUUCAUGGCUUUAGCAGCUGGUGGAAUUCUUGGCAAUUUAAUUGGAGGAUUUUUCUUACUGAAAGCACCACCUAGAACAAUGUUUCUUGUGUUUGCAUUUCUCCUUUCAAUUCAGCUUGCAAUAUCAAUGACAACAAGAGAGGAAUCUCUCGGUUUACCACAACCAUCAAUUCAUUUUCUUGCAAACAAAUCAAUCCCUGAAAGUAUUAGAAAGAAGUUCUCUGAUCUUGUAUCAGCUAUUAGUGAGGAGAGCAUCUCCUGCCCCCUUACUUGGAUUGUAGCUUCUAUUGCCAUUGUCCCGAUUCUUUCGGGCUCUAUGUUUUGCUAUCAAACACAGUGUCUAAAUCUAGAUCCUUCCAUCAUUGGGUUGUCUCGGGUGAUUAGCCAGUUGGUGCUUCUAUCGACAACUGUACUUUAUGAUAGAUUUUGGAAAAAGGUUUCCAUGAGGAAACUGAUUGGUGGGGUGCAGAUUCUGUAUGCUUCUUCCCUUCUUCUUGACUUUGUUCUAGUAAAACAGAUCAAUCUUAAAUUUGGAAUUCCCAAUGAGAUAUUUGCUCUAUGCUUUUCGGGUUUAGCAGAAACUCUUGCACAAUUCAAGCUCCUCCCUUUUUCAGUGCUAUUAGCAAGUUUAUGUCCUCGUGGUUGUGAAGGAUCUCUCACUUCUUUCUUAGGAUCAGCCCUGUGUUUAUCAUCAAUAAUAAGUGGAUUUUUCGGUGUUGGAUUAGCUUCACUUUUCAGAAUUACGUCCGGUGAUUAUUCAAGACUGCCUGAGGGAAUUCUGGUACAGUUCCUUGCAGCUUUAGUUCCUUUAGCAUGGAUUCAUCACUUACCCCUGACACAAGUGGUUGCUGAGAAGGAAAGGAAAAAAGGCACGAGUAAAAGAACUCGAAGAAAUAGAAGGGUUGGAAGAGUGACUUUUAGUUCAGUUUAUGAUUACCGGCGUGGGAGAUAAUCUGAGACAGAGGUCAAGAAGCUAGAUAUAUAGUCACAUUCUCUUUAGAGAACAAAAUACAGAAGAGAGGAAUCAUAGGAUUGUUCAAGUUCCAUUUGUCAUGUAGAUUCUCUUGAACCAAUGAAAUAGACAAGGCUCCAUUUGUCAUUGACUAAUCUUGUUUCUGCCACAGGGAUAGGGGUUUUUUGCCAUGUUGAAUGGUUUUGGACCCAGGAAGAAUGCAAUCAUUUUGUAGUAUGAGAAUCAUUGUUUCAGAAUUGUAUAUAUGAUCGAUCAGUUCUGACAUCUGAGCACCAACCUGACAAGUUUCUCAUUUAGUACUCUUUUCAAGGACACAAGAAGUCAUCUCUUUUCCAUGCCAGUAUAAAAAAGCUUCUUGAGGAUCUGACCGGUUUUGAUCAUCUAUGCUCUAAAAUCUGUUUUGGUCUAGGUCUCUGUUAUAGUCUUGUAGAAACUUCUGAAAUUUUGUUUUUUUUUGUUUUUUUUUUUUGUUUUUAUAUAUAUAUUGCUAUUAAUGAAACGAGGCACUGGCAAAAAUUUCGUCAUUUGUGUAAGACGAACUAUGACCCUUCC